AUGGGUCAAUUACUUUCGAACCUCUUUCCUUCUCUUUUCGGAGAUUUGAAUGCCAAAAUUUUAAUGCUUGGAUUGGAUGCUGCUGGUAAAACAGCAACUCUCUAUAAACUUCAUUUGGAUGAAGAUGUCACAACUAUUCCCACGAUUGGAUUCAAUGUUGAAACAGUUCAAUAUAGAAAUGUGAGAAUGACAAUUUUUGAUUUGGGAGGACAAUACAAGAUUCGACAAUUAUGGAGACAUUAUUAUCAAAAUAAUGAUGCUAUUAUAUUCAUUGUGGAUUCUGCAGAUAGAGAUCGAAUGGAGGAAGCUCGUGAAACUUUACAUCAAGUGCUGGAAAGUGCUGAAUUGCAAAAUGUGAAAUUACUUGUUUUGGCAAAUAAGCAAGAUUUGCCUCAAGCUUUGUCUGCCAGUCAAGUUGCAAAGGAAUUAAACUUGAACAGUGUGAAACAAGAGUGGUUCAUACAACCUUGCUCGGCUCGAACUGGAAAAGGAUUGUAUGAAGGUUUUGACUGGUUGUCUGGUAAAUUGAAAUAA